CGGGUCCCUAGUCUACCACUUCCGCGUCUAUGCGCGAGCAACUCAAAACAUCACGGCUAAAAGAAAAUAAGCGAUUUCUAAAACAAACAAACAAAAAUACUACCCAGAAUCGGUCCAGCAGGACGGCAUCGCGAUGGGUUUGCUAACAAUUCUGAAGAAGAUGAAGCAGAAAGAGCGGGAGAUGCGACUACUGAUUCUAGGUCUCGACAACGCCGGAAAGACGACCGUCGUAAAAAGGUUGAAUGGCGAGGACAUCAGCACCAUCCCGCCUACGUUGGGCUUCAGGAUCAUCACGUUGGAGCACAGAGAGUACAAAUUGAACAUUUGGGACGUCGGGGGACAGAAGUCCCUGCGGUCCUACUGGAGGAACUAUUUUGAGCGCACCGAUGGUCUCGUGUGGGUGGUGGACAGCGCGGACAGACAACGCAUGGAGGACUGCAGGCAGGAGCUCCACAAGCUGCUGCUGGAGGAGAGGUUACUCGGCGCUACGUUGUUGGUGUUUGCAAAUAAGCAAGAUCUACCUGGUGCCUUGUCAGAAGAAGCAAUUCAAGCGACAUUGGGCCUGGAUGACAUCAAGAACCAUCACUGGUGCAUUAUGGCAUGCAGCGCAGUGACGGGACAGAACCUUCUGGAAGGAAUGGACUGGCUGUUGGAUGAUAUUUCUGCCAGACUUUUCAAUGCUGACUGAAAUGUUAACUUAUUGGACUUUAUUGAGGACACAAGUUUCCGGUUUAAUAACAGUACUUUGUAAUUUGUUUAGGCUGUAGCACACUUUUCUUUCUUUAACAAGUAGACUGCAAAAUUUGGUUUUAAGGGAAAUUGAAUAUUCUGUCCAGUAUGUUCUACACACACCCCUGCCUGUCCGUAAACGUGACUGAUUAAAAGCGCAUUUGUGGAAA